CCCGCCUACGCCUUCGGCAUCCGCUGCCCGCAGCUGGGGGACGACUGCUCCCCGGGGCCCGCGUACAUGGUGCCCGCGCGCAGCACGGCGCGCGGCGCCGGGCACAGCCCCGCGUACUCCAUCUACGGCCGCCCCCGGGACAUCGCGCCCUUCCGCACGCCGGGGCCAGGUCGCUACUGCCCGGAGAAGGCCGGGAAAUGGGCCUACCCCUCGGCGCCCGUCUACUCGCUGGCGUCACGCACCAAGCACUUUGCCAACGACCAGACCCCAGGCCCCGCCGCCUACGGGCUGCCCCCCAUGCUGGGCCCGCGCGUGGUGGGGAAGAGCUCGGCGCCCAACUUCUCCAUGCUGGGCCGCAGCGCCGUGGGCAGCUUCUACGCCGACCUGUGCAAG